AUGCGACAUAUUGGAGUGCCUGGGCUACGCAAAGUUCGGGUAUUUAACAUCAACAGUCACAGUAGUAUUCAGAUGCUAAGUAUUAGUGGAAAUACAAUUCACUUCCACUGCUCCUUUUUCUCGGAUAAGGUAGAAAAUUUCGUCCUGUUGUAUAAUGUUGAGGGUGAGGCGACCCCUAACCCUUACCGUAUCCGACCCCUGUUGGGGGUCAAGAUGCCGGUCAACUCCAGCUACAGUCCGGUCAUUCAGAUACAUAAUCCUCAUCCAACCACUAUACAGGUACAGCUCCGGUCAUACAGAUACAUAAUCCUCAUCCAACCACUAUACAGGUAUAGUUCCGGUCAUACAGCUUUUCAUAGAAAUUUUGUUACUUUUUUAUUUAGGAUUCGAACCAACAGUACUGGUGCAGAGUAUCUUUAUCUACCUUUAGAGAUAGAAGUAACCUCAACGCCAGGGAUAUACUGCCCUCAGGAGAGUUUGAACUUUGCCCACCUACCAUCCGAGGGAGGUUCGGUCAGUUUAGAUGUAUCCCUGAUAAACUCUGGUUCACGUCCUGUAUCCAUCUCAAGUAUUGUAUCCAACCCUGUAUCCGAGGCACUCACCAUAGAACUUCAGAACACAAAGGUGGCAUCAUCAACAAUAAAACCCACGGUAGUAGCCAGAGUAACUUUCGAUUCGUCUCUGGCGACCUCUGAAGGAUUUCAAUCUGGAAAGUUGAUCAUUAAAUCCAAGAACUCUCAACAUCGCGUUAUCCUACCCUGGAUGGUGAAUGUAUUGAAGGGCAGCCUUCACUGGAACCAGACCAUCUCUAAGUUCCUCGUAACAGAUUCGCCAGACCCAGAAGAUCCCUCUCAGGCGCCGUAUCUGUCAACAACUCGACCGUUGAUUGUAACAAACAAGUUCUCAGUUCCUUUGGUCGUUCACAGCAUCUUUGCUCCACCAGAGGCAGAGAAAGCUUUCAAGAUAGGAAACCUGAACCCAACGGUGAUGCAGCCCGGGGAAACAGUUAAGUUGGUCAACUUAAGUGUUCGGAAGAAAGGUGUUCUGCUGGAGUCCCCCGGGGGGAAGGUGGAGGGGGAGCAGGAGAUCAACAUCAACACCUUCAUCAUCCUCCACACUAACGUCACCAACGUCAGGAUUCCGCUUAUGGCCUUCGACGGAAAACUGAAACCGUUCUUUCCAAGUUCGCCUACGGAGAAGGUUCUAGACUUCGGAACUAUCGGUAUGAACGAGAAGAGGGACAUGUACUUCACCCUUGUGAACAAGGGCCCCGUGAAGGUGGUGCUAAGGGGCUGGGGUGGGAAUAUAACCGGAAGUUUGAUCGAACUUAUGGGAGUGGAUAGUGGGAAUGAAACGGAUAUACUGUCAAGGAAUAAUCUGACGUCACUUCCUAGAAAGCUUUAUGUACUUCCAGGACACUAUGUUGUUUACAGGAUUGGUCUUCUGACAAAUAAUGUUGAAGGAGAAGUAUGGGCAAGUGUAUUUGUAUCCACGGAGUUUCAGGAUUUGCACGUGCCGUUCAGGUUUCGAGUAGCAAAGGGAUCUCUGUCCACUUUACCUGAUCAAUUAUCCUUCGGUUCAGCCUUUCCGGGACGGAAGGCUGAACUCUCCUUCUACGUUUAUUCUUCCUUCAAGCACGAGAUGACCGUAAAAUCCUUAUCUGUGGUUGGUGGUGACCCUCGGUUCAGUUUCCAGGUGAAGGAAGGAACCCGGAUCAGUCCUGGCGAGAAGUCCUUGGUGGGCAAGGUUGUAUUUAACCCAUCUGUUGGAUGUCGAGAGUUAGAGGACUGCUAUGCAGGGUUCAACCAUACUUCUAAGUUUGGGCAUCCCUGGUAUCUUGGUCUAGCUCUUCCUCUCAACCUAUGGGAAAUGGAUCUUUCUAUUGUGCACACCCUGUGGUCUAGAAUGCGAGCGGCUGCCCUGACGAAUGCCUCUAAAUUCAAUGUUACUCUUAGCUUGGAUACAAGUGAGGUUCGUGGAUUUCAUUUCAGUGCCAGGGCAGCUCUUUCAUGGCCAAUUCUUUGCCUUGAUCCUGUUCUAAAGUUUCCUUUAACUCAAAUUGGAAAUUCUAGCAUGGAUGAAAUUUUGUUGUUCAAUCCGUCUGAAGAAACCAUCCUUGUUCACAUAGUUCCCAUGUCCUCAUACCCUAACGUAAUGAAUAUCCUGCCACAUACUCCGAACCGUAUAGAAGUUGGGAUUGAUGAGUUAUCUAUCCCGGAUCCUGAGGAUUCUACUACCUUCCAGAUAUUAUCAGUUACAGAUGCAGAUGAACCAUACACAGCCUUGGAAAAGUUUGGUGAAGACUUCUUGGAGAAGUUUGGUAUUGGAGUAGCACCCAACACAUAUCCUAUAGUCUUGGAGCCUGGACAGGGAGCUAAAAUAACUGUUAUGUUUACUCCAAAGGAUACUUCCAAAGUGCAUUCUAGUGUAUUGUUCAUACGGAACAAUUUGACUGGUGUUGAGACUAUAGAUGUAUAUGGUCGAGGAGCUAUAGGUGAUUUUAAGUUUGGUAAUAGAAGAGCAGGAUCAACUAUUCACGCUUUUGAUGUUACGGAAAAACAUUUGAAGGAUUGUGAUAAGGAACCAGUUUCUCAUACCAACUCUCUGCCUAAUCUGACCGUCAAGCGUCCAUUUACAGCUCGUAAUACAGGAGAGGUUCCCUUGUGGGUUACAGGGUUCGAGAUAGAUGGUUAUCCUUGUGAAGGAUAUGGAUUUAAGGUUCUGGAUUGUGAUCCAUUUGAGUUGGCAGCGAAUGACUCUAAACGGAUCAACAUUGCCUUCACUCCAGAUUUUACCCUGGCUCGUAUUACCCGAACCUUAACCAUGAAAACAUCUUUGAGCUCCAUUCCGGGGAAAGGAGAUGUUAACUACCAAUUGGCUGCAACUGUACCUGCACAUCUCUUGGCUAUCUGUGCUAAAUCACUGCCACGACCCAAGUGGGAAGGGUACCUAUACGGGCUUUUGGUAACCCUGAUGGUUCUUUCUCUGCUCUGUAUUCUGGUGGCUGCUCUUGUGGAAUCAGAUAGAAUACUAAGAUACUGUUACAUUAUCUCAACCCACACAGCAAACCAGGUUCCAGAGAAUGCCAAACUGCUUGAUCUUCGCCAAGUAGCUAGGUUGACUCUGCAAGAGUGUGCUGAGCGUGAGCGCUCUGAAUCCCCUAACCAAAUGAUCUCAACCCCUAGGAGUAGCAAGAAGGUAGAAUGCUCUACUCCAGAUCUGAAAAAUACUCAACCUUUAUCACCUGAACUGUCCAGAUUAUCUGGGUUUCUAAGUAUUAUUACCCAGUCCUUCCCAAGUAUCAACAGAGCAUUCUUCACUCAACAGUCAGCUACAGACUCAGCUGCUGUCUCAUCUGAAGACACUGAUGAUAAAGAACUAGAUACAUCUAAGACCAACACACCAAUAAGUAAGAAGAAGAAAGCAGCCCGAAUACAACCAGAUGCAGGUGUAACUAGUACUUCCAAGAAAAACAAGAAAGCAAAACUUAUUGAGGUUGUGAAACCCAGGCCUAAAAUCAGUCCUCAGAGUUCUGUUAUUGAUGAUUUAGAAACCUCUAGCACUACAACUGAGAGCUCCAACCCUGAAGAACUGACAGAGCCAAUUCUAAAAAAUGCACCUAACAUUAACUCUGAAACUCCUUCAGUUCAAGAAUCAGGAAAGAAGAAGAAAGCUAAGAAAAAUAAGAUAGAAGACCAACAGACUGUAAAGGAAACCAAACCAAGCAUUACUAAACCAAAGAAAGUUGUUGAAAAACGAGAUUCUAAGAUAGACAAGCAGGACAAGCCGAAGAUAAGUCCCAAACCAUCUCGAGAAACCUCAGUCAAGCCUGUUUCCCCUCCUCCAACCACCCCACCAGUAGUGAAGAAGCAGGAAGCAAAGGUCAAGGGAGUUCCCAAAGAAGGUGGAGAUCUGAGACGUCAGCAGUCCCUUCCCUCUUAUGAUAAACCUCCUCGGCUACAGCAACCUAGGCAUGAAAGUCACUCUGGAUUUCCUCAACCACAGACGCAACCUCUGGAGGGUUUCCCAAUCAUCACUCUACCUAAAGCUGAUCCUCCCAGAGCAAUCAUUUAUCCAGAGGUCAAACGAGAAAACCCUGUCAACCAAUUCGGAGCCAUUGGCUGCAAGGUUCCAGUUAGCAGUACUUUGAGCUGGAAUGAUCAAGGACCUUCUCAGUUGGGACUGUCUCAGGUCCAGAGUUUAAUGAACCCACCCUCAGCACGUGGAUUAUCCAUGAUGCAGGAGCUUCAGGCCGAGAGACGAAAGCGCGAGGAGGCGUUUCGUCGAAGUCAGUGGCCAGGGUUUGGACCUGAGCCUCAGGUUCCUGGAGCAAGGCGAGAUUAUCUGGAGAGUUUAUGGGAUCCUCCAGCUAAUCCUAAUCCUCAUGGUAUGUGGGGAACUCUGGGACAAAACGUGUGGCCGAGCACCGUUCUCCAAAACCCGUCCUGUGCCCAGGGUAAACCAGAGGAUGUGGAUCAGGAGAGGUUUGGAUUGGACCCCCUGACGCUGUCUUCAAUAUGGAACGCGGCAAACAAGAAGGAACGCGAUCAGAAUACUUGGAGUUCUACACUCUUCAACAAUAACAAGGAUCUUUAAAUUCAUAUCCUUAUGAAUUGAUAUUGCAUGUGUAGUUUUCACAUUUUUCGAAUUUCCUUCUUGUCCGUGCUCCAGUAGUCGAAACUCUUCUGAAAUUAAGAUUGUCAUCGUUUAAAGAUCCUUCAAACGCCUCAUUUUUUCCUUGAGAAAAUCUUUAGGGAGGGUGAGUCAAAAAGGUGUGAAUAGUGUCUUCUCCUUCCAAAAUUUUAAUUUUGUGAAACUUGUGAGCCAUUAAAAAAGCCAGGAGCUUCUGACCAUAGCUGAGUUGAAUGAGAUGUAAGGUUCGAACCGAUCCUGUUCGUUUUUAGGACGUAACUCUAUAUUAUUUAGUAAUCGUUUUUAAUCAAUUCUCAUAAAUGGUAUUUUUCUUGUUUGUUUGAAAAAAAUUAUUUAUUUGUAACCCACAUAUGGCCAGAAAAAAAUCCUUGAGCCUUCUUUUAUCUAAAUUAAAAAGGCAAUUUAUAUUGUUAUUAUAGAUUAUUUCUAUCAAAUCUAAAAAUGUCAUAAUAUCGGGUUUAACGAUUCGGAGAUAAUUUUAUCUUUUUUGAAAUUAAUACAAUUUAUUGUUCAGUAAUGAAGUAUGAUAUUGCACAAAACGACACUAAUUACACCUUUUUGGCUACCCCUGUAUUAUGUCUGGCUGCCUAAGAAGAAAAAGAAAAAUAUUGAAAACUUGUUAAUUCUAAAUUCUAGCCAAGUUUAUAAAAUUAGGUCAAAUUGACGCGUUCCAUAGUGGAACCAUUAAGACUGUAGACUAGGAGAUCAAUAUUUAAGCAAUCUUUUGGGUAAUUGAUUUUAUCAUAGUGCAAAUAGUUCAACCAAUUACUUAUUUUUAUGCGAAAAUUCAAAGAUUUUAAUAUUUCCCUCUUUUUUUUCAAAAUAUCAAAUUUAGAUGUUCACGGCAAAAAGUUUGUUGAUAUUUUGCCCUACGGAUCUGGAUACGGCUACAGGAAGUUAAAAUGGUGCGAAUAAAACGGAUCCUUAGAUGUUCUUUGGACUAUUUCAAAUCUUUAAAUGUCGUCUUCCUAUUUCUUCGUGUUAUGGGUUCCACUGUAGAUUGAUCGUUAAACGAUGUCUCAUCUCAUUAAUCUGUCUAGCUCCCAAACCUGUAGAGAGUUCAGGAGUAAAUUAUUGUAUGUUAGAUCUCAUUAAAUCUAUAUUGUCUGUUGUUAAUCUAUAAUGCAAGUUGCAAUAUUGUAGGGAUAAACUGAACUAUCAGUUUGUUCCAGUAUAUCGUCAUUAAUGCUUUUUUUUAGUUCCCCUGUCGUAACCUGUACCCAGCAACAUUUUUUUCAGAUUUCCCCCCAAAUUAAUGAUAUUGUCAUUAAAAUGGUGGGAAACAACACAUUUUUUUUAAACAGAAAUACAUUUCUUGUUCAGCAGGAA